AUGAUGCCUGCUAACAACGAGAAUAACACCGCCUCUAGCAAUACCACCGCCUAUAAUGCAAAAGACAACGGGAAACAGACCUCUAACGGGCUUUCUGGACCUAUCUACGCUGACGAGCCCAUCCCAGGGCUUUCGUGCGACGAGCAGACGGGCCUCAUUCUAGAGAUCGAUCGCUUGAGCAGAGAGGCUUACGGAGAUGGUCUCGAUCUCGAAAUCGUCGAAGAGAAUGGUCUUCUCCGCCUUGCUUCUGUUCGAAACGACGGCUUAAAUUGA